GUUCCGCGCCAUCCUCCGUAUCGUUGACACGUCCUACGAAAAGAGUGUAGAGAGUCAGUCGGUACGUUCGCUUCUCUCGUGACUCGUCUUGUGCGUUGAUCCUUGAUUUCUCGUGACACCGAGCGAUCUCGUCGUUCGGUUUCCACGAGCCUGUCGUUUCGUGGUCGACGGAGCACGUAAGCAUCUUCUUUAUUUCAAAUAACGCGCGUGCAUCGGACAGUGCGCGUGCCGUGCGACCGUUGGGUCGCUGACUUUCAAAACAGUCUCGAUCGCGCUCUCGACCUAUCGACAACGUCAUUGUGCCGGAGGAGCGCGUAUAUCGACCCGUGAUCCUCUGCAAUCGUUUUUGCGUUCUUUUAUUCUCACUGUGUCGUCAGUACGAAAUUACCGUCUCGUAUAGUGGAUUGGUGAAUUUCGGGUGUGACAUUCUUUGUUCGGUUCAGUGAACAUUUCACGGGGAACUAUGUCGUCAACUGGCAACUAUCUGUUCACCGCGGUGAUUAUCCUGAUCGUCUCUGCGACCGGAAUCAUCGCCACUGUAACCAUGGAUGCCAAGAUUCGCGACGACUCCGACUUGUCCCAGUUUUAUCAGUUAUUGGAAGCAAGUCAGGUAGCUAACACCACGCUCACGUAUCGUCACGUGACGGUUUUCGCGCCAACAAAUCGAGCUUUCCAAAAGUACAGCGGAACUACGAAAAACUUGGUUCUCUACCAUAUGUCGAACUCUCCAAAAACGAUUGAGAACCUAGGGGAUUCAAUCUCGUCGGAGUUGGAAGGUAAUCCACCCUUGUGGGUCACCAAGAAACCUGGCACGCAUGGUCAGGAAGUCUACAUAAAUAAUGCGAAGAUCCUUAUGGAACGUAGCAACUUUCAAUCGAAGGUUACCGUUGCUGGUGACGUAAUGACUCAGGUUUUACACAUAAUCAACGAAGUAUUGGAGCCAGUACGCUCGAAUUCCGCGGAAAUGCCAAUUUAUAGCCCGAACGCCUUCGAAUUUCUAAAUCAAAGUGAAAAUCUCGACUUGGGUGUUCAUCGUGUUCGCAUCUUCCGAAAGCGGAUCUUGGAGGAGAAGAAGGAGGAAGUCUUCAAGGCGGACGGACGUUACACCUUUCUUAUCCCCGUUGAGGAGGGUUUCCGGCCGUCGCCCAGGCCGGAGAAGGUUGACCGCGUGGUAAUUGAUGGUCACGUGAUACCCAACAACGUCCUCUUCACAACACCGACACCUCACAAUGUACCUUAUGAAACCCUUGCGUUCACUGACAACGUCAAGGUCACCGUUAGCUUCCUCAAGGAACACGAUAAAGUUUACGUGCAAUCGAAUACCAUGGUUGGUGACGUGAGCCAUCCAACCGGAGUCGUGUUAGCAGAAAUAAUUAAGCCGAACAUUCCAGUGCGCAACGGUGUAGUCCACUUGAUUCAACGACCUCUUAUGGUCGUCGAUACCACAGUGAAGGACUUCCUCGAGUCCUUCAAGGGCAUCGAAAAGAAGGAUGGGCCAGUGUAUAAGUUUUACGAGACCAUGCGAGAUUUCGGCGGAGAGAUCAUGAGCACCAUCAGUCGUCUUCAUGAUGUCACCCUGUUCGCGCCCAGCAACGCUGCUCUUGAGGAACCUGGUGUACAGAAGAUUCUGCAGAACAAGGAACGUGUGAAGGAGAUCCUGAAUCUUCACUAUGUGAAGGAACGGUUGCCACUCGAUAAAAUCAAGAACAAGAGCGUCAGCCAGAAAUCCUCGAUCGGGAAGCCACACUUUGCGGUUGCCACAGCAGCAGACAGGAAGAAGCUGUACUUCAAUGUGGCUCAGGAACCAAGCGGAAACCAGAUAGUGACCGUCGAAGGUGGUGGCGUGAACGCAACAGUGGUCACUGCAAAUAUCGCUGCUACCAAUGGACUGAUUCACAUCAUCGACAGAGUUCUUGGUGUGCCCUAUACCAAUGUGCUGGAAAAACUCAGAACCGACCCUAUGCUCAAUUCCACCUACUUCCUUGGACAACGCAUUGGAUUCAACAGUCAACUGAACGAAACGAGGACGCGUUUUACAUACUUUGCCCCACGCGAUUAUGCCUGGAGUGUAUCUGCUAUCAGUUACCCAUCUACUACGAAAAAGAUCUUCAUGCCUGAAUACAGCUAUCACGCGAGACAAAUCUUAGAACGACACCUCGUGAUAGCAGAUGAAGCGUACACGAUGGCGAAGCUAAGAGAGAUGAAACACAACGAGACCUUCGUUCUUCCUGCAGCCAGAGACAGUCUGAAGCUUCGUGUCCGUGAAGCUGGCGAAAAUGACACGUACGACGAAAACAUGAUCCGACCAAAAACUUUCGGUUACCAGAUCGAGUGGGAGGGUAUAUGGAUUCGAGUGUUUCGUCCGGACGUCGAAUGCACCAACGGUAUCAUCCACGUAAUCGAUGCAGUCUUACUGAAGGACAGCGACAUCAGGGUGACCGGAACCGCGUCGAUCUCUAGCCUCGCAUCACACUUGAUCAUGAUCCUGGUAGCCAAGUGGCUGCUUUAAGGACGAAUCUCUUCUAAGUCUGUCAUAGGUGCACCUAGGAAUUUAUUUCGGGACCGUCUCCGAUCGUCCUCGUCCAAGAAAACGCAGUGCACGAGAUCCGGAUUCGAACUUUGAACUUGAACUCUGAACUUUGAAGGAAGUUGUUUUGAACGCGUGUUCGUCAGAGUCGAUGAUAUCGGUCCUCGAACGACUCUAUUCCCGAAUAUUCGUAGAGAUCAGAGUGGUCCGCGAUCUCUCAAGUGUCGCUGCGUAAACUGUGUUCGAGGGGUUUUGGCUUUCGCCUCGCUUUUAAUGGAAAAAGAAUAAAGGCCCCCUUAUAUGUGUUCCCCGUGAAGAAAUCGAGGCACGAUCGAUGGAUCGGGGACGAUCCUGAAUGCGAAGCGACUCCAAGUCGAGACUCUUGACCUGAUCUACAAGAGAAGAUACCGUGGUUUCUGUCUCGAUCAGACAAGAGCCUAACCGAUCGAUAAGCAACGUGGGCGAAGCUUAAACAGGAACCAUACUAUUUAGCAGUUUCAAAGUUGAAUUAUCGUCGUCAGUAAUGGUUCACUACGAACGUGCAGGUGUUAUUACGUAACUAUAGAGAUUCUUUUGAUUUGAAGUUUUAUCGUAUCGAUAGGAACCGUCAGGUGUCUCGUGCGCGCGCUCGUAUGCCCCAGGAAGUCUAACACGAGAGUCUUCGAGGACCUCGCACGAAUAAAAUACAGAAGAGAAAAGAUUUCAACGGCGACGAUCGCGCGGCGAGGCAAUUUCGCGAGUUAGAGGCGCCAUUGAUCGUACCAAAUGAUAAAUUAACCGUACCAACCAAGUAAGUAAUUUAGAGAAAACUUUACGAACGAGAAAGAACGAACGUGAAGAUAGAGCAGACAUUUCGGGGAACUUUCUUCGAGUACAAGGGCAACGAGGGUUGGCCUUUUCUAGAGCAAUUCUAUUCAAUUUCUCGUUAGGCUGGCAGAGAAGAGCACGUUUCUUCUUAUUUUAUUUUACUCGAUUCAAGUUACCAUGCUGGCGUUCCUCUUUUCUGAACGACCUAGGAUUACGACCAUACGAAAGUUCAACCAAACUGUGGAGGAUCAAAUUGUUCUUUCUAUACCGAUAUUUUAGAAGAAACGCAGAUAUAAGGAUAAUAUAUUCCUAACGCGUCACGCGUCUAACGUCGGUUUAGAUCGAACGCCGUUGAUCAUUCAGGCCAUAAAACUUUUUCGUACAACAUACGACUCGCCUAAUUAUGGUACUUCGAUUUCAUUAACGAUGAUACGCUAUAGUUCUGUAUGUAUGUAUGUAUGAACGUCAUUUCUCAUGGCGCAUGAAUCAUGCGGCGAGGUAUACGAGUCGCCACCUUGUCGGCAUCGUCGAAGAAUCAAAUGAAAAUUGGUUCUAUGAGAACUCUGUCGAUGUACAUAACAUAGGUAAAGCUAAACUUGUCCAAAACUCUGCAAUACUAUCUAUACGCAGAUCUGAAUUAAUCAAUACUAUAUUGAGAAACUGUCUGCUCCAACCAUUAACAGAAGAAAAUCAAAAACAGAAGAAAGUGUAGUAGGAUUUCAUUUUUCUGAAUCCGUUUGGUACAAGCAGUUCAUAUAAUAGGACUUCGAUGAUUCUUUUUAAUAACUAUGACCUUUCGUUCAUGUGAAAGAAUUUUACACUCUCAGAUAAAUAGAUUCAAACGGCAGUUAAUUUAGUUCAGGUAUAUCGAUCAAAAAGAAGUGAUUGGACGAUUGAUAUUAUAUUUUACUUCGAAAUGAGUGGCCAUUUUUUUGGAAAGUAGAUAACAACAAGUACAAAAAUUUAAUCCGCGUAUUUAAUUUACACCUCGAGUUCGAAAAAUUAUAUUAUAUAUCGAUACUACGUAUUAAUAUUGUUAAUUGUGUACUAAUUAAAAUUUUUUCUAAUAAAUAUAACAAUAAUUUUAUUAUAGAUACAAAUGUAAUAAUAAAAUAAUUUUUGUCUGUCCAAAUCAAAAAAUUAUUCGAAAACAUGGAUAACAAAGUUAUCGUGUCAUAAAAAUAGUUAAAAAUAAACUGAGUGAAUAAUGCAGUAUCCCACUAUAGUACUCCAGAGUUAGAAAUCCUCUUGACCCAAAAAACGAAACUUUGAAACGAUAAUUGGGCAUCGUUAACUUUCGACGCGUGGUUUUGCGCCUUAGUUGUGAUUUCCAAUUACACUUGCUCUCUGUAUCAUAUCGUAUUACACUGUUUACUUACUGAUAAUACUGCCACGUCAUAUUGCAAGCCGAAUUAUACUUGCAAACGAGUUUUUGUACAAUUAUCCUUAAAAGAAACGGGAGCUUUGCCCAUUAGAAGUGACUCGAUCACAUUCCGACAUUCUGCGGGUUAUUUGAACGAAUCUUUGCAUUUAAAGAGAAAUUUUCAAGGCGAAUUUGUUUCUUGCUUAACGCAUUCGCUGCUACCGACGCAUACUUAUAUUGUGCCACUUAUUGAAUUAGAUUUUAAUUGUAAAUAAUUUUGCUGACAAAGCUAUUGUGUUUUUAAAUUUGUGCCUUUUCAUAGACGGACAGACUGUGAGAGACAGUGACUUAAACAAAAUGUCACUAUUUGAAAUAAUUAUAGUAGCAGUGAAUGUAUUAAUAUGUUACUUGUGCUUGGACUGGGUAAUUAAUUAUUACCAUGCAAGUUUAAGUGGAACCAAAGUUCUUUUCGUUACCAUACUCAAUGCUUGGUAUCAAUUAAGAGUUAAACAUGCAAUUUUAUUCGAAGUAUUAUUCGAGAAAUAUUACAAAUAUUAUUCAAAACAUUAAUUGUAUGAAAACAAAUGCAGUGAUUAUACCAGCAUAGGAAUCAUAUGGCAGACGAAGCCUUUGUCUUGUUACUUUCCUGAUUUAUGCGAGAAUUCGUUUAAGCAGACUGCAUAACACGUAAAAUACUCAUCCAGAAACUUUUUCUUUUUUAUCGACUGUACAGUGCUAUAUAUAAUAUAUCUAUACAUAUAUAUUAUAUAGAAUCAUCUGUGUCAAUGCACCGUGUCACAAUAAUGUCGUAACCGAGAUUAUUCCCGGAUUUGUAUUUUGUUUCGACUAACGUAUCUCAGUUUAAUCUUCUGCUAUUUUAUACCUUUCUUUUUACUUUAUAUUAAUAUUAUAUAAAAUAACAAUUCCUACUAUACGUAACUAUAUAAUAAUUAUAUGUAAUUAAUUAAUUUGAAUCUAGUGAGUAGUUUAAUUUUUAAACUCCAUAAUCUCACUUGAACUGAUAUACACAUAUGAGAUAGCGAAAGGUUAAACUGUAGACUCGUAAUCCAAAAUCAAGAAACAAACCCGAAAGAUUAUAAGCAAAUGACACAUCACAGUUUCAUUCCACGAUUAGUAAGAGCUUAGCUAUGUGUGUACAAGUAAUUACAAAAAUCGCGCGUGUCUGUUAAAAACAGAGAAUAGAUACAAUCUAUGAGAACCAUUAGAGGUCAGUCAGGUAGAAGACGAGAGAACCUGAGUAUUCGAAGGUGAAGAAAGAAACGCUUCGGAAUUUCGUUUCUUCAUAGAGAAUAAAAUAUUGCGACGAAAAUAGGGCAGGGGGGAUAAACGAAUAAAAUAGCGGAAAGUGUCGUUCAGUAAUCGAAACGCCGAAACUAAAAAUGGAAGAAAAACAAUGAACGAUCGGAUCGGACACUGUCGGGUUUCCGGUCGUUUCACGCGCGUUAGUUAGAAGGAGCAAAAAAAAAAAAAAAAAAAAAAAAAAAAAAAAAAAAAAAAAAAAAAAAAAAGAAAGAAACACAACAAACAGAAAAAGAAAUAAGGGAAGACAGAAGACUUGUAAUUAAGAAAUCAUUCAGCUACCGCAAUUCUCUUGGCGAAAAUGAAAUAAAGAAAAAAAAAACGGAUUAAUAGAAGAAUUCGAUGUUAUACGUGUUGAUAUCAGUCUAUACAUAUAUAUGAAAAAAGUAAAUAAAUAUAUAAAUAUAAAUAUAUAAUAAACAGAGAGAUAUAUUGACGAGGAAAGAAAGUACGAUUGAUAAAAGACGAGAAGAAACUGAGAGAAAAAAGAGAAAAUAACAGAAAUACUAUCAAACGAUACCUUAAAACUUGUUGUUGGGAUGAAUUGAUAUUAUGAAUUAUUAAUUAUUAUUAUUAUUAUUAUUAUUAUUAUUAUUACAUAUAUAAAUAUACAUAAACUCUAAAUAAACACUGUUUGUUCGUUAGACGAGAACUUAAGAUUGAAAAGUAAAAAAAAAAAAUGGAUAAAAAAAAUAGUAAAACUCUAUUUCUUCGUGUAGAUGCGUCUUUAAUAUUCAGCUUGUUCAAGCGUAACGCCGAAACGAAAAUCGCAUAUUCGCAGCUGUGUCUGGGUUGUGAAUGGUGUGAAUGGAAAUGCGAGAGACGGAAUUUCGAAAGGAAAUGUCGUCACACGGAACUCCGAAAAAGUAUCACAAACAGGAGAAAAACAGCAUAUCCGACGUUCCCUUCUAUUGUUUAUCCCGACAUACUUUUCUUUUCCUUUUAACGGAACUCGGCGAACCCGUUUUCGUAUCGUUUUCACGAUUCGUACAUUAUCGUCCAUAUAUUUUUCGGCAGUUGAUACAAUUUUGUCGAAAAAUAUUAUGAUAUUUUAAAGUUAUAAUCGAAGAACACUUGUUUUCCAUUAAUUCUUUGGAUCGUGCCACAACUGAAAUUUUAAUUUGUCAAUUGAGCGGACGAGUUAGCUCGUUACUCGGACUCCCAAUCUGUUGAAUUAAAAACUGAGACAUUCGUCGCUUAUCGAAUGAGAUACUGAGUUAUUUUAUUUUAUAAUUUGAAAGUAUCCGAACACUUAUGGACAGUAAUGUAUGUCAUUUAAACGCGAAAAUGUGACGAAUAUCCUGGCUAACUCUGAACAUAUACGAUAAAUCUUGCGAAUCGAAAUGAUGAGAAAUCGUGGAUCGUUAAACGGAAAUAAUGAAAUAAAGAAGUCGAACCGAGCGAAUACACUCGAGAUUUGUAGACUCAGUUGCAUAUCCAAACACACAGCACACACGCCUCUCAGCUCGCUUUUGUCAGUUUUGCUAUAAAAAAGAUCGAAGAUUUUCGAAAUGGAUUGAAACACGUAUGUCAAAAGUAGCGGUAUAUCGGACAAUUGUACAGUUCGACGAAGAUGUUUCUCGUGGUUUAAAAAAUCUCGAGGAUAUCUCGUCUGAAGCAUUGUUGCUAUUUGAAAGGGAUCUUUUAAUUUUAGACAGGACGGAAUUUUUCGUACUAAAUAAUUGUACAAUCGUCAUAAAGCACGUGAUACGAGUAAUAAUACAUAUUAGGGAAGACAGUUAUACGAAGUAAUAACUGUUUUGUUAUUUAAAAAGAAUCAUGUCUUGAUCAUAAGGAUCAUCAAAUUGAAAUUUAAUGUAACAUAAUGAUUGGUAAAUGUGGUAAAUUAUAGGUAUUUAAAUGAAAUUUAACUCAUAUCAGAGUUUCGUUGGAAAUCUCUUUGUCCUUACAUAGACGUCCUUCUUCUCAUUAGCUCUCAUUUUGUUAGUAUUUCGUCGUAUCUUUUAUAACACGUUUAAUACCUAAAUUUCGAUACUUGAAAAUCGUAUCCGGAUAUGAAAGAUUGAAUUACUCAUUAAAGUAAUAAAGCGAUAAAAAGUAUAUAUGAAUUACGAAUAAUUAAAAAUAUUCGACUCAUCAAAAUCAUACUUCGAUUCCGAAAAACUUGAAGCAAAGUGUAUCCUCAUUUAUGCAAAUUUAAAAAUCCCUCGAAGAAAAGGAAGAAGAAUUCAGAAACUUCUUUAAUAUAAUAAAGUGCCAUUUAUAUCAUAUUAAAAACAAACGACUUUUUUCACAGUACAACGUACUGAAAGAACGUCGUUAUAUUCUGUUCUACAUUCAUUAAAUCUCAGAGAUUGAACAAAAAUUGAUAAUUUCUUCAAUUUAUAGAUAAGUACAAGAAAGUUGAAUUGUUCGCAAUUAGUUAAACAGUCGCCGAGAAUCUCGUAUACAUGUACUUUAGUCCUUGACCAAAGAAGUAGGCGUGUAAAGCGGUCGACGAUUCAUUUUUCUCGCGUACCUCGAUUAAUUAAUUAGAUUCACUCCUCGCGUGAUAAUUAAUCGUUAAAUUCUUGGAAAAAAAAAAAAAUAUCUUUUUGCGUGACUAUUUGUACAUUUUGUAGAUAUAUCUACUAUGUACACUUCAAUAACAGGGAAAAAUACCAUUGCACCAUUGCGUUUGGUGGUCGAAUUAAGUCGCAUUUCUGACACGAUACGUUCCCAAAGAUUCGUUUCCAUCGUCUCUUAUCUUCUCGUUUAUUUCAGAUUCGUUCGUUCGUGAUCUGAUUCUUCCGAUGAGUCGAAAAUCAACAUCUGUUCGAACUUAAUCGUAGAGUGUGUGUUCAUAAAGGGAAUUCAGUCGUGACGAGGAAAAAAGAUUCAAAAGCGUGUUAAAAUAUUUUUUGUCGAGAACGUUUAAGAAAAUUAACUUUUUUCUGAAAUUAUUACUUCGUUUGUAAAUGUCCGCAAAUUAUCUACAGUCCUCUGUGAAUUAAUAAUAUAAAGAAUAUCAGAUAAUUGUAAAAAAAAAAAAAGAUAAAUUAUUAUUAUUCGAUAUUGCUUCCUACGUAUAAAAUUUUCUUUGUAAUAAAUCUAAUUUUUCCUAUCCUCGUAACGAGCUUCUGAUUAUCUAGUAUUUUGCUAAUACUCAUCUAGUAUUUUGUUAUUCAAGUGAAUCAAACUUACGUAAGGAUAAUAUAUAUAAUUACACGUAAUUACGUAAAAGAAAUUCUCCCUCGAAUAUAUAUUUGCGUUCUGUUCUUAAGUAACGGGUAAGGGAAAAGAGAUUCAUACCAAUCGUUCCUCGAAGCAAUCAUUCUGUCACCGUUACUCUGUUAUUACCAUUAUCGAUUCUAUGAUGUAAGAAGUUACUGUCUGAAUUUUAGGAACUAGCACUAAGGCAUCGUUCGCAGGAACACAAGCGAAAAUCAUCGCGGAACUCCACUUCGUAUACACGUUUCCUACGUAGGUACCUAUACAUCACACGUGUCUAUAGAGGGUACUGUUCAAGCGGGUUGCUGAACUUUGAGAAAGUAUUUUGCUGACGUUGAGGGUGAAUUAAAAUUUUGUUCAACUGAUGUUGAGCUAUUCUUCGCAUAUAUUUCAUACGACACUAAAAAACUGAAAAUUUAAACGUUAAAUUGCUACAUAUGACUCCUUCUCGAACGAAGAUUCUAAAAUAAUUUUACGAUGAUUUUAGUCGCAAUUCUAUUUUUAUGAAAAAUUAUUUAUGAAGCAUUUUAGAUUAACGUGCCUAUAAGACAUUGUUAAAUUUCGCUUUUCAAAAGUCAUAUCUGAUGAAUAACAAAAAUAACAAAUAUUAUUGCUAAAAAGCGUUAUUUUAAGUCGCACCGAUAUUUACAAAUCUGUUAAUUAAAAGAUGACGAUAACGAUAAGAUUAAAUUUGCAUCCGUAAGCUUUCACUACAGAACACGCGGAACUCUACACCAAAGUUUAGCCCUGCAUGGAGAUGUUUCUUGCAGCGAACGAACGUCGAACAGCGUUUUCUCUAUACUCGUCGUCGUAGAUCCUUCCGAAUCGCGCGUUUUCUUCAGCCACGUGUUGCCAUUUGCAUUUAUCUCACUACGAAACCACGAAACAUCACUCAAUCCUCAUAAUCGCCCUUGUGAUUAGCGAACGUUAGAACGUUACGAGAAUUUUUUUCUCAAUUAUUCGCGAAUACACAACUGGUGAUUUAAAUGCAACUAGUAAUUAACGUAUAUGGCACCUUUACGUAACGUAAAAUCAUUACUAAAUAAGGGUAUAAUAGUCGAUAACGAGAUAACACAUAAGAGAGGAGGACGAGUUUGUUCAUUUUGAAAAAUCGCGGACGAAACGAGAAAACGUAAGGUAUAAUAAGUGAUUUAAUAUUUUAAGAGUUGGAUAUAGGUACCGUCAAGAUUAAAACGGGAUUUAACUAAUUGAAUUUAAAUAAUUAAAUUUAACUAAGGAUUAUUUAUUAGCUAUUAUAUAUAUAUAUUAUAUAAUAUAUAAAUAUAUAUAUGUAUAUUAUAUAACUAUAUUAUAGUAGGGGAAUCAAAUUUUACGUACCACAGAGCUAUUUGUACAAAAGCCGAUUUUAUUUCGAUCAUUCAUCCAUGGAUUAAAACGUCGCUCGAUAUUUAAAUUGCCAAGCAGAGCAACACUCGAUUUAAGUAACAUACACAUAUAUACAUAAUUAUAUUUUAGAUAAUUAACCAGCAGAGGAUUCUAGUUUUCUUCUUAGGGGCUUAGAUGUACGUGUAUUACAUUUGUCUGUAUUUUCAGAGUUAAUCAUUAAGUUUCUUUCUUUCUCGAAAUCACGCGAUUAUCGCGAGGGACGACAGAGACUUCUUGUGUAAAAUUUUUACGAGAGAAUUCGCGCAUUUCGAGCCACCUGAAUUUACAAAUGUGUGUGUGUCUGUAUUCGUAGGGCGAACGACGUGACAUCAGUGCCCAAUAAUAAUAAAAUUAUCUCCCAACAAUAGCAAAUAAAUAAAAAUAAAUAGAUAAAAAAAAGGGAAAAAGGUAAAAAUAAGGAAUAACAAGUUAAAAGGAAUUUUUUUCUGGUUUGGGAAGAUCGUACGAAUGCAAUGGUACUUUGAUCGUCGUUUGCCCAAUCGUUGAACGAUCAUGUCACUUGUAUCUCGCUUGACUACACUGUGUAGACUGUGGUCGCUUAUGCUGUAUGAUUUUACAAAGAAUAAAGAACACCUAUAAGAUAGUUUAAGUGGGUUUCGUUGAUUGAAACGUGUCGUUCUCGCGGGAACGGAAGCGUAUCGUGUUUCGAUAAUUUUCAGACUUCAUGUCGCGAAAUCACACCAAUAUUGAACAAGCAAAAUAUACCUAUGAAGUUAUUUUAACAUGGUAUACAUCUAUUUAGUAACGAAACGAAAUGUCCACGAGUCGUUCAAGAAAGAAACGCGAAUAUCUAUGUUCUUAAAUUUUGCAUCGUAAAUUAUGAUAUUAUUUUGGCUGUAUAAUUUUACAAAAAAUAAAGAAUACUUACGAAACAAGUUUAAA